AUGAAUGUAAGCUGCGAUUUUCAAGUAGAUAGCUACCAAUCGGCAAACAUUUGGGCACAGUGCCAGAUGGAAUCAUCACACACUCGCAAGGGUGAUGUGUUUAUGGAAAGAUAUCAUAGAACUUCUGAAACAGAAGAAGCUGUAAUAGAAGAAUAUGAAGGCAUUAUCAAGGCAGCUAUUGGAUCAUUACCUGUUCAAGAAAUAUUACUGUCUGAUUCAAAGAACUUGAUAAUUCGCUUGCGUGAUGAUGCCACAAGGGGGCAACUGGAACAGUUGAAACCAAAAGAUUCUGAACUUUUGGCUGCUGUUUCUGAUGUAAUAGGUGUUGCUGUGACUCUUAAAGGAUUGGGCAAAGAUGACUGUCUGGAUAGUGAUGGGAACAGUUAUGACUUUAUGUCUCGUUAUUUUGCGCCAUGGUUUGGUGUAUCAGAAGAUCCUGUUUGUGGAUCUAUUCAUUGUGCGCUUGGUCCGUAUUGGGCUAAAGUUUUACAAAAGAAUGUGUUGUAUGCUCGACAGUGCUCCUCCCGAGGUGGUGAUCUGCUUGUCAAGCUAGUCUCCGAUAGAACACUAAUUAAUGGAGAUGCAGUUAUAGUUGUUGAGGGUCAAAUAAAUUUGUAAUGUGAUGUUUUUUUUCCAAUCUUUAUCCGAGUGCCACAGCAUAAAAUUUUAUUGUCAUUUGGGUUUCAAACAAUUGUUAAAAGAGAAUUAUUUUUUUUUCAAUGCUUUUCAAUAAUGAAUUUGAAUGAAAUUUCUAGUCCUGUAAUUUAUAUACUGUCAUAUAUAUAUAUAUAUAUAUAUUAAAGGAUUAUUGAAUAUAUUAUCUCCUUUGAGAAGGGUAGUAGAAUUUUAGUUGAAUGAAGUAACUUAUAAGUAUUUAAAAAUGAAUAUUGAAAAUUUUUGUUAAAAUGAAACGUCAAAUAUGAAUCAUGAAAAAAAAAAGAUGAAAACUUUAAAAAAAUUUAAUUUUAAUUAUUGUCAUCGAUCAGAAAUUGGUUGAAAUUUCAAGGGGAACAAACCAACCCCCAACCAAUUAACAAUAAUUAAUAAAUGCAAAGGUGUUUCAUCUUUUACUCAAGUAAGAAUUAUGAUGCCAACAUUAAGUAAGCUGAGUUGAAGCCAAGUAGGUAGAUUUUAUUGUUUUCAUGAAGAUGAAUUUAAGUUAAUGUACUGUAUAAAAUUCAUUAUGAAAAUGGCAGUUCCAGCAAGUUUAAAUUUUUUUAAUAAUUAUCGUGAUAUAUUUUAUAGUUAGAGUGUGAGUAGUAGUUUUAAUAUUUUUCUUUGUUGAAUAAAGUGUUCCCCGACAGCUUCGCUUUCAAUCAUGUUAAUUCAAAAUAAUCUUUAUAAACAUAAUGCAAUCUUUGCAAAAAUUAUUAAAUAUAAAAGUUGAAAGAAUAUUUACAGAAAAUAAGAAGGUACAAUUAAAUGUACGAAUGGAAAUGUACAUAAUAUACAUAGAUGGCAGAAAAUGAAUUAAUUAACUUACAUGCUUGUAAGUGUUGAAGUGAGACCUGUCUGUUACUGUUAAAAAUGUUUUUUUGAUUAGUCAGGUUUUUAAUUAUUUUAAAUUGGUAUUUUCUAGACCUCUGUUGCUUUAAAAAUAUAAAAAUCUGCAAACAAAAAUCCUUAAUUGCAAAGAUACCAAAAUCAAAAGUAAAAAUUUUAAGUAUUGAAAAAGUAGCUAGUAUCACUGACCACAGAUUAAUUGACUGUCAAAGGGAACAAACCAAUCUGCUAUCAAUUAACAACCACUUAAUUAAGUGAGAAUGUUUUGUGUUUCCUCCAAGUAAGAACCAAAUUAUAUUCUCCUAGAGCCUAAUCAUAAGUCGCAAACAAUACUCAAUUAAUAGAAAGACAUUAGGCCAUUUAAGCCAAAAGAACCUUCACAUACAAAACGAAAUUAGUAUAUAAUCUUUUAAGUUGCUCAUAAAGAACAUAACUAAAUGAUAUCCUUACUUUAGAAGAGAUAUUCCCUAACACUCUCAUUGUUGAAAAUGGCCUAUAAAGAAAAACUAUAAAAUAAAUUAAUAAGCAGACAAUUCUAUUUUCACUAGAUGGCAUGCAAUGAAAUGUUAUGACUUUAUUUUUUAUUUAUUUUUUUAUUUAUUUAUUUAUUUAUUUAUUUUUUUUUUUUUUUGUUGUUAUUAACUUUUGGCAAUGAGAAUGCUCAGUUUGAACAGAUGAGAUGUAAGAUGUCAGAUGUAAUUUAGAUUUAGUGUUUCUGUAUAUUUUAAUGUUGAAUUAUUUUGAAAUUAAAUGUUUUUUCUUUCU